UUAAAGCCAAUUUGAAGAGGGGUCACCAACAGCAGUCAGUGUCUCACCAUUCUUCUAGUAGCACUGACAAGAAAUAUACGCUAGAAGACAAUGUCGGCUACAUCUUCAAUCCAAGUUGGUUCUCAUUCCCGACUCACUUUCGGUGUCCAUCGACUCCCGGCGCUCGCCUUGUGGCUCUUGUCAACGUCAGUUCUCAUCCCCAUAUUAUCAGGGAGGCUGGCGUGGGCUGCCAUUACAGGCGUCGGAUUGGCGGCUCCCAGUACGCCCUUACAGAUCCAGAGGGCCACGUUAGGUACCAUCCAGCCGAUCAGGACCGUGGAGAGGACCAACCGAGAUUGCGACCUCAACGCCCUGGCUCGUGUCAUGGACGACACUUACUGUGACAAGUACUACGUUUGUUCUGACGGCAAGUAUGUCGGACUCUUCUGCCCCGUUGGCAUGGCCUUUGACUACGGCCUGCAGGAGUGCCAUCUCAAGCAACGCGUCGACUGCUCCAAACGCCCUCUCCUCUUCGGCGACAACCUUUUAACGGGAACGGAAGCAACUACUUCGACACCGCAAACUACGACACAAACUCCCGGUCGAAUGACGUCACCACCGGUCACAGUUACUACUCCCUCAGCACCACAUGCACCAGCAGGACAAAUGGCCGGAUCUAUGAUGAUGCUGCCAUUUGGAGCUACAGUAACGAUCCCGUUCGGAUCGACUAUAUUCUUGCCACCAGGUUCGCAGAUUCAAAUGCAACAGCAACAACCGACAGCUCAAGCGCAGGGGCAUUCGCAUCAUCAUCACGAUAUACCAACAUCGCCAGCUCCGGGGCAUUCGCAUCAUCACCACGAACAUCGUUCCGGUUCUGCUUCGUCUGAUGCAGUUGAUGCCAUGAAUGCUCCCGGUAAUAUAGAAUCACAAUCAGCUGAUAGCAAUACUGAUUUCGAUUACUAUUUUGAUGACGAAGGCCCGACCGAUGGUUCAGCAACCCCUGUCGGCAGCCAGUGACGCUGCUGCAGAGCAAAUAGCGGCGGGAGCUGACCGCGGAAGUUCAAUGGCUGUAU